AUUCAUCCGCUCCCGGCCCGCGCCGCCAGCGCCCCGCCAGUCCGCGCCGCCGCCGCGCCCUCGCCCUCCGCGCCCGCGGCCCCGCCAGCACAGCGGCCGGGCGGACGGAGCGCGCGCAGCCUCGUCCCGCGGCCGGGCCGAGGCCGGGCCGAAGCGGCGGCGCCUGGAUGCGGACCCGGCCGCGGGGAGACGGGCGCCGGCCCCAGAGCGACUUUCGGUCCCCGACGCGCCCCGCCCGACCCCUAAGAUGAAGAGGGCGUCCGCCGGAGGGAGCCAGCUGCUGGCCUGGGUGCUGUGGCUGCAGGCCUGGCAGGUGGCAGCGCCGUGCCCAGGUGCCUGUGUGUGCUACAACGAGCCCAAGGUGACAACGAGCUGCCCACAGCAGGGCCUUCUGGCUGUGCCCACUGACAUUCCGGCCACCAGCCAGCGUGUCUUCCUGCACGGUAACCGCAUCGUGCACGUGCCAGCCACAGGCUUCCGUGCUUGCCGCAACCUCACCAUCCUGUGGCUGCACUCAAAUGCACUGGCCCACAUCGAUGCCACUGCGUUCGCUGGCCUGGCCCUCCUGGAGCAGCUGGACCUCAGCGACAACCCACAGCUGCAUGCCGUGGACCCUGCCACGUUCCAUGGCCUGGGCCGCCUGCACACCCUGCACCUGGACCGCUGUGGCCUGCGAGAGCUGGCUCCUGGCCUGUUCCGUGGCCUGGCUGCCCUGCAGUAUCUAUAUCUGCAGGACAACGGGCUGCAGGCCCUGCCCGACGACACCUUCCGCGACCUGGGCAACCUCACUCACCUCUUCCUGCACGGCAACCGUAUCCCCAGCGUGCCUGAGCGCGCCUUCCGCGGCCUGCACAGUCUCGACCGCCUCCUCCUGCAUCAGAACCGCGUGGCCCGCGUGCACCCCCAUGCCUUCCGCGACCUUGGCCGCCUCAUGACGCUCUACCUGUUUGCCAACAACCUCUCAGCACUGCCCGCAGAGGCCCUGGCACCCCUGCGUGCCCUGCAGUACCUGCGGCUCAACGACAACCCCUGGGUGUGCGACUGCCGGGCGCGCCCGCUCUGGGCCUGGCUGCAGCAGUUCCGAGGCUCCUCGUCUGAGCUGCCCUGCACCCUGCCCCUGCGCCUGGCUGGCCGUGACCUUAAGCGCUUGGCCGCCUCUGACCUGGAGGGCUGUGCUGUGGCCACAGGACCCUCCCAUCCCUUCUGGACCGGCGGGCCUGCUGGUGAGGAGCCACUGGGACUGCCCAAGUGCUGCCAGCCGGAUGCCGCAGAUAAGGCCUCAGUGCUGGAGGCCGGGAGCCCAGCCUCGGCUGGCAACGCGCUCAAGGGACGGGUUCUGCCUGGUGACAGCCCGCCAGGCAAUGGCUCUGGCCCACGGCACAUCAACGACUCUCCCUUUGGGACCCUACCUGGCUCUGCUGAGCCCCCGCUGACCGCACUGCGGCCUGGGGGCUCUGAGCCCCCAGGGCCCCCCCCCACAGGUCCUCGCCGCAGGCCGGGCUGCUCCCGCAAAAACCGCACCCGCAGCCAGUGCCGUCUGGGCCAGGCGGGCGGGGGCGGUGCUGACACGGAGGGCUCCAGGGCCCCGGGCACCGCCUGCAGCCUCGCCCUGCUAGGCCUGGCGCUGGUGCUGUGGACAGUGCUCGGGCCCUGCUGACCCGCCUUUCUUGGCAGUCGGUGUGUGUACAUACAGGGCCCCUCCACGCCGCCAGCCAGCAUGGGUGGUGGGCCCUCCCUGAAGGACACCCCCGACCCCCACCCCGUCUCCACCCCACCAUGUUUACAGGGCGUGGCCGCGGUGUUUGUUCCAGAACACUGCCUCCCUCCCAGAUCGCGGUACACAGAGAUAUGCAUUUUAUUUUACUUGUGUAAAAUUAUCGGACGAUGUGGAAUAAAGAGCUCUUUUCUUAAACAGUGGCCCCUCAGGCUGGAGAUGCCACGGCCGGUGGGGGUGUGGAGCUUGGAAGCGCACCUGUGCCCCAGGCUUGGGCACCAGGGCCCCCAGAGGGAAGAUUGCACAAUGCCGGUAUGUGGCCUGGGCUGCAGGUGGCUCUGUGCCAGCCCAGUGCCCACAAAGGCCUCCAGGGACAUGCAGGGCCCCUGCCCCUUCCCAGCCACGAGGACUGACUUCAGUGCACCUUGGCCAUCUCCCUUUGAGCUGGGCUGCUGGCAGCAACAGGGAAAGCAUAUGCAGCACAGACUGCACAGCAGGCCCUUGGGAGCUGGACGAGGAGUCUGCCUUUGUGGGAACGUCUGCCCUGGUGCCACCUGGGGUCCCUGGAAGUCCCGGCCUUCACCCCAGAGCCAGCCCCAGCUGCCCCCAGCAUGGGUGGUCCCAGGAGGAGCCUGUGCCAGUGGGCCAGGUGGCCCUUGUAGGGAGCUGGUACAUGAGGCCACCCUUCUCCCUUCUGAGGCCUUCAGGGGCUCUGUGAGGCCACCAUGCCACACCCCAGCGCAGACCCUCAUGGGUCUGCGUGCCCCUGCAUACACGCGUGCACCCAUGUGCUUGAAAACAGAGCACACAGCACAGGCAAAA